AUGGCUCCCCGCAAGCACCACGAGUUUGCUUCCUGGGAGGUCGAUGCCGACAAGCCCAAGCCUGAGGGCGAGACGCGUGCUCGUCGCUCAUACUGCACCAAGGAGCUCGUUCUCAGGCCCGAGAACGGCAUCGACACCGUCCACGACAUCAUGCUCUACUCCGCUCGCACGCACGGUUCCAAGAAGGCCCUUGGUAACCGUGACAUCGUCGACACGAUCAACGAGGAGAAGGAGAUCACCAGGAUGGUGAACGGCAAGGAGGAGAAGGCCACGAAGAAGUGGCAAUACUUCAAGCUGUCGCCCCUGUCGUGGAUCUCGUACGAGGAGGCUCUCGAGGAUACCCGCAACAUUGGUAGCGGUCUCCGACACUUCGGUCUCGGUGGCGAGAACGAGACGUUCUUCAACGUCUAUGCUCAGACCUCCCGUAACUGGAUGCUCUCUGCCCAGGCUGCCGCCUUCAACGCCGUCCCCAUCUGCACGGCCUACGACUCGCUCGGCCCCGAGGGUCUUCGCCACUCCCUCAACGAGACUGAGGUGCGCUUCAUGUUCACCAAUGCCGAGCUCCUCCCUACUCUCGCCAAGGUCCUGCCCGGCGCCCAGACUGUCAAGUUUGUGAUGUACGAUGGCAAGGCCGACCCCGCCAUGAUUGAGAAGAUCCAGUCGAUCCGCGAGGGCCUCCAGGUCGUGCACAUUGACGACGUCCGCGCCGCCGGUAAGGCUCACCCUGCCGAGGCCAUCCCCGCCAAGCGCGAGGACGUCUACUGCUGCAUGUACACUUCUGGCUCGACUGGUACUCCCAAGGGUGUUCUUCUGACUCACGGAAAUAUCGUCUCCGCUGUCGGUGCCAUCUGGCUCCUGCUUUAUGAGUUCCUCACCCCUGACGAUGUCUACCUCGCUUUCCUUCCCCUCGCGCACAUUCUCGAGUUCGUCGUCGAGAUGUCGUUCUUCUUCUGUGGUCUUCCCAUCGCCUACGGUCGUGUGAAGACCCUCACCGACGCCAACGUCCGUGACUCUAAGUCGGACAUCAUGGAGGCUCGUCCUUCCAUCAUGGUUGGUGUUCCCCAGGUCUGGGAGAUUAUCCGCAAGGGUAUCAUGAGCAAGGUCGACGCUGCUGGUGGCCUGAAGAAGAGCAUCUUCAACCUCGCCUUCAAGGCCAAGUCUGCCGCCCAGCACUACUCGCUCCCUCUCCUUGGUGGCAUCUCUGACGCCAUCGUCUUCAACGGUGUCAAGGCCCAGACCGGUGGCCGCCUCAAGAUCAUGUUCUCUGGCGGUGGUCCCGUUUCGCGCUCUACCCAGCAGUUCCUUACGACUGCCCUCGUUAUCAUGAUCCAGGGCUACGGUCUUACUGAGGGUACCGCCAUGGCCUGUAUUCUUCACCCCGACUGGAUGCAGUUCGGCUCUGUUGGUGGACCUACUCCCGCUGCCGAGGUCAAGCUUGUCGACACUCCCGAGGCCGGCUACUUCUCGACCAACGACCCCCCUCAGGGUGAGAUCUACCUCCGUGGUCCUUCGAUCUUCAAGGGCUACUACAAGCGCCCUGACCUUGACGAGGAGGCCUUCACCAAGGACGGCUGGUUCAAGACUGGUGACAUCGGACAGUGGAACAAGGACGGCACUCUCUCGAUCAUUGACCGUAUCAAGAACCUCGUCAAGCUCUCUGGUGGCGAGUACAUCGCCCUCGAGCACCUUGAGUCUGUCUACAAGUCUGUUCCCUUCGUCGCGAACGGCGCAGUUAUUGCCUCGCCGGACCACUCGAAGCCCGCCAUGGUCGUCAUGGCCCACCCCCAGAACCUGCCCGCGUUCUGCAAGAAGAACAACAUCGGUAACGGCGCCGACCUUGAGACCUUGGUUAAGGACCCGAAGGUCAUCAGCGCGUGCCUUCGCGAGCUCAACGAGACCGGCAAGAAGCAGGGCCUCAAGGGCAUGGAGCUCCUCGAGGCCGUUGUCCUCACCGCCGACGAGUGGACCCCCGAGUCUGGCUUCCUCACUGCCGCCCAGAAGCUGCAGCGUAAGACGAUCGAGCGUCACUACCACGACGACAUCGACAAGGUCUACAAGCUCUAA